AUCCUUUUCUACAUUUUUAUUUCCUUACGUCAUCAAUGUGCAGAGGGGGAGUCUAGCUCCCCACGAUGUAUCAAGCCAAUAGUUCAACCACACAGAGAGUGAGCAUUACAACUAGCCGACGGGAAAAGAAAACCUUUCCUGAAUCAAGCCUUUUAUCCUAAAUGGCUGUUUCUCUGGCCAUUCAAAAGUUGAAAAAAAAAAAAAAAGAAAAAACUCGCGACUACAUAUUGUUGUAACACUAUUCGCGACGCAAAAGGGUUAACUGUGUGUGAUCAGCUGACAUAUGUGACACAGACCACUAAUACAGUUUAGCGUGCUAUAUAGAAGGGCAAGGGACAGUACUGGCAUGAACUUUGCACGUGAAUAGGACCCGGGUUAUGGUCAUCUGAUCAUAAGCCUGCGUGGACCAGAGACACAGUGUGUGUAAGGCAGUGCAGUUCAAGGCAGGACAGCGAGUAGACCGGGACUGUUAGUCGGCCAUGAAGUCGGUCCUGGUGGAGUCAUUAGUGAAUGUACGAGUCCAGGAAGAGAUAGAGACAGUAGAGUUUGUUAGUUUAGUACGGUGAUGAACAGUAUAGCAUUUUUAGUGUUGAUGUAUUGCCAAUUGUGUCAUAUUGGCUGUUUUAAUUGACCAUUAUUAAAGCAUCAGAUUAUUUGGAGCUCUUGUUGUCAGGUUCUUGAUGUGUUAGAUGUGCUGUGUUGUGUUUAGCAAUGUUUACAGAACGCCUGAUUAGGAGAGAACGUAACAAUAUAUUAAUCUAUAAAUAUGUAAAUUUUUGUCAUUCAUAUAUGUUAAUAAAUAAGCAUUAUCAUAUAACAAUAUGUAGGCAUGUAGAUUUAUGUCAAUGUCAAUCUAUACGCAUGUAUAGACAACAAUCUUUGCGAUUGUCAUAUGUCAGUUUAUAAGCAGGUAGAUUUAUGCCAUUGUCAUAAGUCAAUUUAUAAGCGUGUACAUUUAUGCCAUUGUCAUAUGCUUUUCUAUUUGAAUUCUAUGCAUAUUCGUGAUGAAAUAAUUAGUUUAUGACAUAAGCAAUAAGACUUGAACUUUAAUUAGUUGAAGAGCAAUAUGCUUUGGGAAUAAGGAAGCAUUAUGACUCAUGAGCCAGCGACACUAAUCUGAUGAGCCAGUGACAUCAUCAUGAUCAAUCAGUGAAACAAACCUGGUGAAACAGUGACAUCAACAUGAUGAGCCAGUGAAAUUAAUCUCACGAGCCAGCGACACCAAACUGACAAGCCAAAGACAUGCACAUGAUGAGCCAGUGACAUCACUGUGUCACUUACAAAGACGGCAUCACGAAUAAAGAGAUAAGAAACAGAAUUAAUACAGCGAUCGGACCCCAUAAUCAUCUGAUAAUCACUAUCAAACUCUAUCGCCAAAUCACAAGGUCCUCAAGGCUCUCAAAGACCUUCCUUCCUCAGGGCUCGCAAAGACCUUCUUCAGGGCUGGCAAUGACCUUCCUUCCUUAGGGCACGCAAAGACCUUCCUUCAUCAGGGCUCGCAAAGACCUUCCCUCUUCAGGGCUCGCAAAGACCUUCCUUCCUCAGGGCUCGCAAAGACCUUCCUUUCUCAGGGCUCGCAAAGACCUUCCUUCAGGGGAUAGUAUCAGGAAGAUGAAGAAGAGAAAGAAUGGGAAGACAACAGCGCUAUCAUUGAAUGAAUAACCAAUGCAAAAGACAGAGAGGACUGGAUUAAGUAGAUGAACAGAUCUUAUGUGGAGCCCCAACGGCUCAACAGACUAAGAGACAGGAACUAAGUAAAACAACAGGGAGUGAAAGCCUUGCAAGUCAAUUAGCCAUGGCGACACAAAACAAUGUCUCAAAGAACUAUACACUUGCCGAGAUUGAAGAAUACCUGUCAAUGCUACAAGAGAAGUCUACACUAGCUUUCAUACCAACACUGGUCUACCUGUCUCUGCUCAUUGUUGUGGGCAGUAUAGGGAACAGUCUGGUUCUAGUUGUCUACUCGACCAAGAUGUUCAGGACACCACUACGUGUAUUUAUUAUGAGCAUGGCUGUUUUUGAUUUACUUAUCAAUAUUUUAAUCAUACCAGGUGAAAUCUAUGACAUGUUUCACAUCUGGACCUUCCAAUUGCCAGUUGAAUGCCAGAUUCGCAUGUACCUGAACGGUUUACUUGUGUUCUCGUCUGCGUUUCUGCUGGUUGCCAUUGCGACAACAAGAUAUAAAAUGGUUUGUCGUCCGUUUGAGAAACAAGUCAGUUUGACCCAAUCUAAAUACAUCUGUGGACUCGUUGUUCUCAUUUCUUCUGUUAUUUCUAUCCCUCACGGGCUAAUCCACGGAAGCCAGACUCGAAAAACUCCCGAGCCGAACAUCGAGGGUCAUUACUGUCAAGUUGACGACUCUUAUUAUCCAACAGUUUGGCCAACUUUAAACUCUGCUUUCUUCGUCCUUCUGUUUGUUUCAUGCAGUUCUGUGAUUAUUUACUUUUAUAUCUGCAUUGGGAAUACGUCAUGGCGGCAAAGUAAGCACUUUACUACGAACAAAAAUAAUCUUGUAACUAGAACAGUUAUAAACACUUCUGAAAUUUCAACGUCUAUGAUAGAUGAAGAUGAAAUCACGUCACCUAGUUUGAGUGAUAAAGGCCAAACCAAGGAUGGGUGUAUAUCCUCAGAUCGCAGUCUAUGUGAUCGCAUAGAGAUAGAAAAGGUUCAAAGGUUAUCUAAAGAAACAAGAGACAAUUCUAACAUUUACAAAAAUGUAGAAAUGGAAAAACAUGGCAACAAAAUAGAUGUUUAUUCUAAUCGAGAUACAAAACAAAGUGUCAACGUAACAGAUGUAUCAAAGUCACAAUUAAAUAAUAAACAAAAGAACAGGUAUCAAAAAGUAGGAAGUAAUCGAACACGCAGUCUGUUUGGAAAAACCUCGUUAAUGAUGUUGACUGUAACGCUUGUCUUUUUCAUUGGAUUUCUUCCGUUUCUCGCGCUCAAUGUUUUUGCUGCAAUCUCACCGGAUACUGUCUCGUCUCUGACGGGGGUUGCUUUGUCUUUCUACCAGCUUUUCCUGUAUUCUUACUUUCUAAACAGCGCUGCCAACCCCAUAAUCUACAGUCUAUUAGAUCGAAAAUUCAAAAACGAAUGCUCUCGGUUAUUUAAAUAUUGUCACGUAAUUCAGUCUAAUGUUCAAAAUUGAAGGCUUUCAGAUGUUUAAACAUUGUCACUUAAGUAAAUAUUCAGAAACAUAUUGAGCAGACCUCCGCACUGCUCAUGGAUAAUAAAAAGCAUGUCCAUAAUUCUCAAA